AUGGCCGUCACAGGCGCUCAGAUCAUUGCCCGGACGCUGCGCGAUCUGGGAGUGACAGUUAUCUUUGGCAUCGUCGGCAUCCCCGUGGUAGAAAUAGCCGAGGAGGCGAUCAACCUGGGCAUUCGAUUCAUUGCCUUCCGGAACGAACAGGCAUGCAGCUAUGCCGCGAGCGUUUACGGAUUCAUGACUGGACAGCCCGGCGUCUGUCUAGUCGUUGGGGGACCUGGAGUUCUCCAUGCUUUGGCAGGGGCAAGUCUACUUUCUCUCUGUCUUCAGUCUCCAUGA